AUGUUACAGAUUACUUGUAGUGGUACGCCACUUGAGAUUGGCCUCAAGCAUGGAAGUGAAGCCAAAGUACAAAUCGGACGGUCUAUCGACUUUUACGCAGGUAUGUUCAAGGACACUGCGAAGAUGGACUGGCACAAGGUGCAAGACCUUGCUAUGUCAUUCGAACCUGUCAUGCGACGGAAAUGGCCUGCUUAUCUGGAGGAGAUGAAAGGUAUUGCUGAGGGCUCAGGACGGGAGGUAGCAGAUAUCAUCGCUAUCAACGUCAGGACUGAGAUCGCUUUUGGACUUUUCUCCGAUGGCUGUACAGCGCUGUCGUGGAAGACCGAUGAUGGGAGCUAUCUUGCACAGAAUUGGGACUGGAUGGAGGCACAGAAGGAGAAUUUGGUCGUACUUACAGUUGAGCAACAAGACAAGCCAACGAUCAAGAUGGUGACUGAAGCGGGUCUGAUUGGCAAGAUCGGUCUCAACUCUGCUGGCGUCGGCGUGUGUCUGAACGCUAUCAAGGUGAAAGGCAUGGAUCCGACCCGCAUACCAUGUCACUUAGGACUACGGAUGGUGCUUGAAAGCACAAGUCGAGACGACGCAAUCACGAAGCUCGAGAAGUACGGGGUAGCAUCCUCAUGUCAUAUUCUAGUCGCAGAUGCUACUGGAGGUACCGGUCUCGAAUGGAGUUCUGUCGAGCUGGGCAAAAUCCAGAUGAACGAUCAGAAGCAGAUCUUCCAUUCGAACCAUUACCUCACAAAGCACCCGGGCGUUGAAGACACGAAGUGGUUGAAGGACUCGGACUUUCGAGUCAGGAGGAUUGAGGCAUUGGCUAAGGAGCUUGGUGAAAGCCCAUCGAAGCAGUCGCUGUUCGGCUUGUUCAAGGAUGAGACCAACUACCCAGGCGCCAUCUGCAGAGCUCAAGUUGGCGAAUCCGGCUCUGCAAGCCUGUUCAACAUCAUUAUGGACUUGAAGAAGCGGCAGGCGACCGUUACGCUGGGCAGACCAGUAGAGCCAGAGGAGGUGUUGCAACUGUCAUUUUAA